AUGGCAUCCGGCUCGGUGUUCCUUUCCAGCAUGGUGGGGAAAGCUCGCUCCUCCAACUUCACCCUCUCGGAGAAGCUGGACCUGUUGAAGCUUGUCCAGCCUCACGUGCUCAUCCUGGAGGAGCACAACAACAAACAUGCUGUCAUCGUGGACAAGAACAAAUGCUGGGACACUGUGGCGGAGCAGUACAAUGCCCUGGGGGGAGACAGACCCCACCGCACAGCGCAGGGCCUUAGAACCCUUUACAAGAGGCUGAAGGAGUCGGCCAAACAGGAAGUGAUGCAGCGGAGGCAUGCCCAGCUGGAGUACAGAGCGAGCAUCUCUGAGCCAACCAGGAGAGUCCUGGAGAUCAUCCCUCACCUGUUUCAACAUGUGCCCAUCCACGAAAAGGACCUGUCUUUACGCAGAUUAUUAUACAGUAAGCACCCAUCUCCCAUCGAACCUCCUGGCAGCAGCUCCUCUUUGGCCGUCCCUCAGGACUACUCAGCAGCCGUCCCCACCGUUCCCCAUGUGGUUGUCCGUCUGGAUCCGGACGAUGAUGUGAAACCGCCUCCAGAUCUCCCGCUUCCAUCCACACGUGCCGACCCGGGGCUGGAGUCGGGCCCGGAGCUGAUGGGGGAACAGGAUGCGGACAGCGUCCGAGUUUAUGAGCCAUCCUCGUCUCCCGCCCCUUCGUCUGUCAACAUCCCCCUCUCUGCCUCGCCGCUGUCUUUACAUCACGACUUCUACCCCAAUAACAUCUACCCUAACAACGUCUACCGACAUCACGAGCCCGAGCGCUUCCGCCCUUUGCACAUGGCCAAAGAAGAGCACGAAUUGGUGCUGGCCAAUCACAGGAAGGUGGCAAUGUACCUUGAGGAGAAGCGGGAGGGGCUCAAGAGGAAACAGCAGUUGGAAGAGGAACUUUUGAGAGCCAAAAUCAAAGUGGAGAAACUAAAAGUGGCCCGACUUCGCCAUGGACUGCCCACCCCUUUUUAGCAAAGACACAAAAUAACAGAAAACGUCAACGGAGUACACUGUGUAGCGCGCUGCUGUGAUGUCACGCCAAUUCCGUAGCGCUCUCACAACAGGUUCAGGAGUCGUAGCUUGUCUUGAACUACAUAAUGAUGCGCUGAAAUGAAAUACCUCGUGGUGGAUGAGGAUCAAUUUAAAAUGGGUGAGAUUGCGACUUUGGCAAACAUAGUGCCUCCAGCAGACACUGAUUCAUCUCUUCCUGUCGUCGUUGCUUUGUGUUGCUAAAAAAAGACUGAAAUCGUUUACCAGUGAAACAAAGGAGCUGCAGAAUGUGUCUCGUGACCUUUAUUAUUGGUACUUAACACAAGUGAAUGGAAUGUUGUGUUCUGCAGAAAGGAUUGUCAAGUGCUGUUAGUGUUUGUUUGUCCAUUUGAUGGUUUUUAUAUUAAAAACGUUACUAUGGCGAGUUCACGA